UUCGUAUUUUUUGAAAGCUCGCUAUGUUUCGAACGCUACGAUGGCUAUUAGAUCCCUCUUCUCGAAGACGAGACCGUUACACACUCUAUUGCACUCUCUUCGCAUAUCUUCGCCCCGAAAUCGCUGCUACUGUUCUUCUACUGCUCCACUGUACUCAAGCCCACCGUCCCCAGAUCUUGUAAACGAGAUCUCUCGCAUCCUCAGCGACCACAGAAACCCACACCACGACUUGGAGCACUCUCUUAGCGCCUUCUCAUCACAAAUUUCCUCAGACUUGGUUGAACAAGUCUUAAAACGCUGCAAGAAUAUCGGCUUCUCUGCCCAUAGAUUCUUUAUCUGGGCUAGGGGAAUUUCAGGUUUUGAGCACAGUAUCGAGAGCUGCCGCAUUUUGAUAGAUAUCUUGGGCAGCAGCAAGCAAUUCGCUAUAUUAUGGGAUUUCUUGAUAGAAAUGAGAGACAGUGAGUGUUGCGAAAUAAGCCCUGAAAUUUUCUGGCUCAUUUUUAGGGCGUAUAGUAAAGCUGAUUCACCACGCGAUGCCAUUCGUGCUUUUAAUAGGAUGGUUGAGUUUGGUGUCAAGCCCUGUAUCCGUGAUCUUGAUCAGCUGUUGUUUGUGCUAUGCAAAAGGAAGCAUGUGAAGGAUGCCCAAGAGUUCUUUGAUAAAGUGAAAUUAUAUUUUGAGCCUAGCGUUAAAACUUAUAGCAUUAUGGUCCGGGGCUGGGGUGAUAUUGGGGAAUCAUCGGAGGCACGUAACUUGUUCGACGAAAUGCUUCACCGAGGAUGUGUUGCCGAUGCACCUGCGUACAAUAGCUUGUUGGAGAGUUUGUGCAAAGGAGGAAAUGUGGAUGAGGCAUAUGAGAUGUUGGCGAAAAUGAGGUCGAAUGGCAUCAAGCCGGAUGCUUGUACUUAUUCAACAUUUAUUCGUGCAUAUUGUGAAGCGAAUGAUAUUCAUUCAGUAUUUAGGGUGCUUGAUAGCAUGAGGAGGUACAAUCUUGUGCCCAAUGUGUUUACUUACAAUUGUAUCAUCAAAAAGCUUUGCAAGAAUGAUAAGGUGGACGAGGCUUAUCAACUUUUAGAUGAGAUGAUUGAGAGGCAAGUUAAGCCGGAUACGUGGAGUUACAAUGCAAUUCAGGCUCAUCAUUGUGAUCGCAGCGAGGUCAAUGGUGCUCUUAGGUUGAUUUCUAGAAUGGAGAAAGAAAAUUGCAUGCCUGAUAGGCAUACUUACAAUAUGGUUCUCAAAUUGCUAGUAAGAGUGGGCAGAUUUGAUAGGGCAACAGAAGUUUGGGAGGGCAUGGGAGAGAGAGGAUUUUAUCCUUCAGUUUCAACAUAUGCUGUCAUGAUACAUGGCUUAUGUAAGAAGAGAGGUAAGCUAGAGGAAGCCUGUAAAUACUUUGAGAUAAUGAUUGAUGAAGGUUUACCACCUUAUUCUUCUACAGUUGAGUUAUUGAGGAACCGGCUAAUAGGAUUAGGAUUUUUGGACGAUAUUGAAAUACUUGCGGAGAAGAUGGAGCAAAGCACAUCUUGUUCCAUACAGGAGCUGGCAAGGGCAAUGAGAGGUAACAAGUCUUUUAGGAGAUCAAGAAGGGAAGAAACAGAGCUUGAAAGUGACUGAAAACUGAAAUUAUUCUUACAUCUGCCUGAUCUUGAGUUUUUGGCUGCGAGGGGAGUAGAGAGAUGGGUGGGUAUUCUCUGUUGUUGCAUAAAUUACCUCAGAAUUCAUCUCUUACAAAAGCGGCGUAGCUGAUACAGAACAGACAAUACUUCGCCUAUCGCCACCAUCUGGUUUUCUUAUAGCAAGAACAUAAAUUUGAAGGAGCGCACCAUUCAGGAUUAAGUUCUAUGGUGAUUUCUCCUGAGUUAUUUGUUUGAAUUAUCUUAGAAGACUGCAGGUGCACCAAUGUCAGGGCUAUCUUCUGUAAUGAGUUCUUUUCAGGUGUUGGCUCUUUCUGAGGUUGGACUUCACAGGUCGAACCAUUUAUUGUCAUCAUCAUCAACAGUUGAUUUAUCUACAGGUCUUGCUAGUUUUCUUC